UCGGGGUGUUCAGUGCCGGUUCGGUUGUCUGCUGGGGCGAGCGCGGCAGCAGCUCCAGUGCGCCGGGACGCUGCCGACGCUGCGUCGCAGCGGCUCUGGUGCGCCGGGACGCUGCCAACGCCACAUAGCAGCGCAGCAGCGCGACCCGACCUACAUCGGUGAUUGGUUCAGACAGCGGUCGUGGGCGGAUUCUGACACCUUCCACGGGGGCAGAGCCGUCGGUCGAGGAUUUGUCAUCUACCGCUGGUGCUGCUCCGCUCGUGGUCGGGUCUCAGGCCCCACCCAGGCAAGCGCCUGUUCAACUACCGGUGGAGGAUGAGGUAACGGCAGUGCUGCGAGAGGCGUAUAACAGCCACCAACACCUCCACAGAGCGGUCGCGACGUCUAGAAGCCAUGAGAGCCGGGAGCGGGGGGUUUGGGUACUGCGCCUUGCCUUCGACAAUCUGUGGUGCCUGGCCGAGCUCUCUGGCAAUCCGCUCUGGCCGCCGGAUCGCCUGUGAGGACUGCUGCGUUGGCCGCUGUCCCUGCGGGAACCGGCCCUGCAGCAGCAAGAGAAAAACACACACAAAAAAAAGGGUUUUUUUUCUGCCAUUUCUAUGGCCGUUCUUUGGAGUUAUUGUUAAAAAAAAAAAAAAGUGAUUCUAUGAUUCCAUUAUUGUUGCCCACCCCCCCCCCACCCAUCCUCCUUUCAGUUGCUCACCAAAAACUCGUGGAGGACAAAUUGCCUCCACACCCCAAAAUUGGAGGUUCACCACGGCUUCCCUGUUGUAGGUUGGACCUUUAGUCCUCUCAUUCGCCUAUGUUCUAUUCUCGAGCAUCUACUGUUUUUGGGCGGGUUGGCUUGUCUUGUUUUUAAAAUCCAAGACCCAAUUGGGAUAUUCAAAUUUAUCCUGGGCGUUUAAGUUGUAUUUCUAUGGUGCUGCUUUUCCCACUUGGAUUCUUUUUGUGUGGAAUGUUAGUUGGAACAUUUAUGUUCCCCACCUUGGAAUUUUUAGUGACUGCGGCGGCCGGUUUACCCAUGCCGGUUUACCCAAGCCGGCCCCACUAGCAAUACUGCUUCGGGACUUUCAUCGUCCCCUAUUGGCAUCUUUUUCCGAAAUUAUGGGAUUCACCACAACCCCAUUUUUUUUUUUUUUCAUCGGUUCUUUGUAUUUUCUCUUUCACCAACAAAAAAAAAACUGUGAUGAGGAAGCCAGGAGAAGUGGGACGAGUGAUGUGCCGCUGCCCCGGUGAUUGGUUGUGAAUGACGUCAUCUAUACGUCGCAGCCAUGUCCACUUUGUCCUAUAUAUUAUCUCGAGUAAUAUAAGAAUCUAUAGAGACCUAGCAAAUCUCUAUAGCUUUCAUCUAGUAGCCAGUUAUGCAUGUCAACAUUUAAGCAAGUCAGCUGAGCAACUUGUUCACGAUGUUUAUAACUACUUAAAAACAUCGUCUAAGAGGUAAGCUUAUGUGUUUUAUUUUUGUUUCAGUUUAAAUGAAAUAAUAUAAAUUACCUAUAAUAGAAGCAGAUUGUAAAUGCAUUGCCUCAGAUACGAGGCCGCACUAAUAACAAUUUUAAACAAGCAAGUUUUAAAUGUUGUUAUUUAUCUGUCACGGUGAAAAUGAAAAUGUUUCAUAACAAAUAUAGAGAGGAACAGUAAUUAAAAUAGAAUAUUUGUUGUCAUUUCCAAAACACACUCUAAGUGAAAUUAACCCUAUUUAAACCAACUGAAUCUUAAUAUCCUAAUUAUAAUAUAAUCUCUUGGCAGUGUAAAGUGGACUUUAAUAUAUAUAUAUAAAUUACAAAAUUAUUACAGUUAGGCUUGUAUAAUUUUGCUUUGUGUGUUUUACUACAAAUUGAUGAAAUAUCUUAUGGCCCUGUCACACCUUAACAAUUUAUUCAGCUUAUGCCAAACGUAUCAAAAUUUCUAUAAAACGCUGGCACACGCUGAACUAUCGAUGCUUUUUUUUCAACUUUGGGCGCAUUCAUAGCGAAUUCAUAAUUUAUUGGACAUAUAAAAAACGUAUUAGUAAAUAAUAUAGAAAGUUUUGAUUGCUUAUAGAAAACUUACAAAAACGAAUGCUUAGCGUGUUGCCGGCGUUCACAACUUAUGCCCAGCGAUAGUCUGCCUUAUGCACAGUGCGCGGCAGCGUAUCGCCGAUUGUCAGGGUUAUAAAAAGGCUGCCGCUCGUCGAUUCUUGAAAAUCAUAACCGCACUAGACAUCGCAGUAUCAACAUCACCAUAUUGAUAUCACUCCAUUUUAAUAUACCUAUUCCCCUAAAUGCUGCCUAUACGCCAUUGUAAGAUUACUGUAAGAUAGAAACACGUUCAGUAAUUAUUUGGUCGUCUGGAACACGUCAAAUACGUCUACAUACGUCAAUAUACGUAGGAGAUAAGUUAUAAGUUACAUUUAAGAUUGAAGCACGUUACUCAUAGGUUAGAAAUACAUUUUGACUUUCGAGUAACUUACAAGUAACGUGUGUCAACGGGUGUCAAUGAUCGCUUAACUUACCUACAAUUUAUGGCCCGCGUAUGCGGAACGUACAAGCCAUACGCUGGCAUACGUCAUAAUUCAAUUCAACUUUUAUUGUCAACCACUGUGAGAACAUGGUUUGAAAUUCUUCUUGUUUGUUCACAGUUAAAAUGUAAGUUAAAACAAGACACAAAAGAAAAGUUUUGUGCAUGCACUACUGUAUGUAAAGGCAACAUUGCAAUUCUUAGAUUAUGUUUUGCAAGAUUUUACCACUUUGAACAAAAUGCUAUAGUCUGAUGAGUUAGUUAACUAUUCAAAUCUAUAACAGUAUUUGAUUUGAUUAAAAAAACAAAAAACCCCAGAGAACAUAAAAUUUUACAUUAGUCAUUUACCAAAAUCAUAUAAAGUAAAACGGGGUAACUUUGGCAGGUCAGGGGGAGAGCGGGGCUUGUUGAACCAGGGGUAUGUUGAAACAGACGCGUUUAUUUGAAAUUGGGUAAAUUUUUCCAGAAAUAAAAUUGAGCCUGGCAACCAUUCUCUAUCUUCCACAUGUAUACAAGUUUUCAAUUAAAUCUGAUAUCGGUAAAGGUUAUUUCUUGCAAAAACAUCUAAUUUUCUGCUAAAAGUAAAUUUUCUAAAACAUGGUUCGUAACCGUAUAAGAAAGACACAAAGGGGCAAAGAUCUUGAAAUAUUGAAGAGGGAAGCAGCCAUUCUUUUACAAGCUGAACUUGAUGGUACAAACUGUUCAAUUCGGUCAGUUGCCAAGACUGUAGGCGUUGCUCAUUGUACGUUGUACCGUUACAUGAAGAAGUUAAAGAAAGAUGGACCGGUAGUAAACAUCCAUGACUUGCAUCGGCGAAUUGAAAGGACACACGCUGGAUAUGCACAAGCUCGAAAAGUUUUCAGUCAAGAAGAAGACAUUCUUGUUAACUAUAUCAAGACUUCAGCAUGUGUGUACUUUGGACUCACACCUAAAGAUAUACGAAUUCUAGCGUAUGAAUGUGGUGUGGCACAUAAAAAAGAGAUGCCCGACUCAUGGAAUGAUAAUGGAAUAGCUGGCAGAGAUUGGCUUACAGCUUUUCUUAAGCGACAUGCAGAUUUAAGCAUAAGGACACCUGAGGCAACAAGUUUAGGACGAGCCAUUGGAUUCAACUGCCAUAAUGUUAAUCAAUUUUUUUAUAAACUUGGUGCAGUUAUGGACAAAUAUCAAUUUUUGCCUCAAAACAUUUACAAUGUCGAUGAAACAUCUCUUCUGACAGUACCGACCAAAACUGCAAAAGUAGUGGCAGUAAAAGGUGAAAAACAGGUUGGUGUCAUAACUUCUGGUGAAAGGGGGACACUGGUGACCUUAUGCCAAGCUGUGUCGGCUACAGGCAAUGCAAUACCGCCACAUUUCAUUUUUCCUCGUGUCCAUUUUAAGGACCAUAUGCUCACUGGCGCUCCAGCUGGAAGUAUUGGAACGGCAAACCCAUCAGGUUGGAUGAAGCAGGAGGAUUUUAUUGUAUUCAUGAAACAUUUUAUCAAGACUGUCAGACCCAGCAUAGAAGUGCCUGUCUUGCUGUUAUUGGAUAACCAUAGUUCACAUUUAUCGAUCGAAGUAAUUGACAUGGCUAGAGACAAUGGUGUAGUUAUGUUGUCUUUUCCUCCUCACUGUAGCCACAAGCUGUAACCUCUUGAUAGAGGAGUAUAUGGGCCUUUCAAGACCUACCUAAUUGUGCCAGCACACAAUGCAUGGAUGAGAAACCAUCCUGGGCAGGCAUUGAGUAUUUAUGAUCUACCUGGACUCUGCGGCGAAACCUUGAUGAAAGCCAAUGCUCCAUCAAAUAUUAUAAAUGCGUUUAGGAAAUGUGGUAUUUAUCCAUUCAAUAGGGAUAUUUUUGGUGAUCAUGAGUUCGCACCGUCUCUAACGGCAGACAGAGAUAAUCCUGAGGAUGAAGUCCUUCCUGCUACUGCUCAGUUACCUCAAGUCCCUGCUCAGUUACCUCAAGUCCCUGCUCAGUUACCUCAAGUUUCUGCUCGGUUACCUCAAGUCCCUGCUCAGUUACCUCAAGUUCCUGCUCAAUCAAAUAGUGCCCCCACUCAAGCCGCCGUUUAUUCUACUCAAGCCGCCACUCACACAGAAAUCUGUACUUCUUGUCAACUAAAGCUCACACUAGUACUACUCAAUUACCUGUACCCUCGCAUUCAACUCAAGCUGCUAUUAAUCCAACUGCUUCCGAGUCACAGCCAUCCACAUCAUUUGGGUUUAAUCGCUCAACUUCAGUCGCAUCAUUCUCUCCUGAGAAUAUUUGGCCACUGCCUCGUGCUCCACCAAGGAAAAAAGCAAAGGGGGGUCAUGGAUUAGGAGUUAUCAUCGAGGCAAUGGCAAGCGAAAAUACAGAUCUUAUGACGAAAACGUCAUUGAAUAGGCGCUGCACAAAAUAAAAGGUGGAAUGUCUCAAGCAAAUGCUAGUAAAAUGUUUAAUGUUCCAUGUGCAACGCUACAGAACAAACUUGACAACAGACACAUGAAAAAGUUGGUAAAACACCAGUUAUGAGUGAUGAUGAGGAAAGAAUACUUGCCGGUACACUUGGAGAAGUGGCAAUGUGGGGUUUCUCGCUUUACAUUAGUUGAUGUGCAGAUCAUCAUUAAAAACUAUAUGGAUAGAAAUGGCAGAAAUGUGCCUUGUUUUAAAAACAACUUGCCCAGUGAAGGUUUCAUUGAAUGUUUCAUGAAGCGAAAUAGACUGAGUAAAAGGACUGCGGGAAACAUAAAGAGAGCGAGGGCCAAAGUGUACAAGGAGGAUAUUGAAUCAUACUUUGAUAAUUUGCAAGACAUUUUGAAUGGAAUUGAUCCACAAAAUGUUUACAAUUAUGAUGAAACGUAUGUCACUGAUGAAUCUGGAUCAAAGAAAGUAAUCGUUCUGCGAGGAAUGCGGCGAGUGGAAAAGGUUCAAGAACACUCAAAAAUGGCCAUUUGAAUUAUGGCAUGUGGUAAUGCUGCGGGAGAACUCUUGCCUCCAUUUGUGUUUAUAAACCACAAAACUGUUAUGAGGAUUGGACUCAACUCGGUCCUGUUGGCACGAAAUAUACUGCCACCAAAUAGAGUGGUUGGUUUGAUGGUGAAACUUUUGAACAAUGGUUUCUGAAUGUAUUUGUGCCCCAUGUAGCUAAAACUCCAGGCAGCAAGUUGCUGAUUGGAGACAAUUUAGCAUCACAUUUUUGCCCUGAAGUCAUUAAUGCCGCAAACAAACAACAUUUAUUUUACAACUUUGCCACCAAACUCAACCCACAUGACCCAGCCACUGGAUGUUGCCGUCUUCUGACCCAUGAAAAUAGAGUGGAAAAAAAAUUUGUGUAACUAGAGGAAGCAGUCACAUCGCCAAGGAUCUAUACCAAAAGAAGUGUUUCCAUCUCUUUUAAAUAGACUGUGGCAAGCCAUUUCCCCAAAUGGUGUGGCAAACCUUCAGGGUUAAGAAAAUGUGGCCUGCAUCCAUUUAAUCCACAGUUUACCAGACGGGCAGGCACGCGAGCCAAAUGAAGUUGCACGUGACCUAGAUAAUUCACUAAUUGAGCUCCUUAAAAGAAAACUUCAUUAUUAUUAGGAUCAAAGUAUACAAGUUGGCCACUUAUUUUUAACUGGGAGAUACAAUUCUAAAAAAUAGGUGGUAGGUAGCUUAGCUUAAGCCAGGCCAGGUAUUGUGUGUGUCUGCAUAGUAGAGUAGAAAGUGUCUAGGCCUAGGUAGUGUCUCUCACGGGAUCUCUCAAACUCAUUUAAUAUACAUACAUAAUUAUUAAAUACAUUCACGUCAUGCAUUUUUAAUAAAUCUGUAGCCUAAUGUCUGAUGUGUACAUUUCAGUGCGGGAAUAUUCUGUUUGCUUCGAAAGGAAAGCUGUGGAUAGAUUUAAAAUUUUUCAUUUGAUUAUUUUUUUUUCAGUUCAUAUGAUUGUGACAGCAGUGAUGAUGAAAAUUAUUCAAGCACAGAUUCGGACUAUGACCCAAGUAAAGAUGAAGAUAGUGAUGUGCACCAACAUGGUGAAGAUAAAGUUGUUGCUUUAGGUAAUACCCUUGUAGCUGGCGGACGUCAACCUUGAUAAUCAGUCCCACGUUCAUGAUGGUGUUCAUCCUCCGGCUAGAAUAAGUGCUGACCAGCCGAAUCUUGAUGAUGGUGUUCAUCCCACAGACAGUAUCUUUGGUGACCAGCCGAAUGUUGAUGAUGUUCACCCUACAGCCACAAUAAAUGGUGACAGUGAUACACCCAUAGAUGCAAAAUAUGACCCAAGUCAAGAUCAAGAUGAUACCGAAAUACAGUAGAUAGUCUCGAGGGGACACCUGAACAUGAGAUGGAUCCACCUGGCACCACUGACAGUAAUCCACAGGUUGAUGAUGGUGUUCGUCCUACAGCCCGAACUCAUCAGCGUUCUGGAGCUGCCCUGAGUCGGAAGCACAAACGUGAUCCAAGCAAGUGGAAGUGUAACGUUCAAAAGAGACUUAGGCAAUUAAAGCAGUACAUGAAUAGCCGUGGGAAUAUAUGGGAUGCAAGAUCAGUAAAAACCAAAAAGGACUGCAGCAGAUGUAAGUUUAAAUGCAGCUUAAAUGUUAGUGAAAACGACAGACAUGAUAUAUUCAAGGAAUUCUGGACAUUAAAUGACAAUGAGAAACUCCACUUCUUUGGGGAAACGACAACACAAGAACCUACAAGGAGGACAAAGGAUGGACAAGCCAGUCGUAAAAACAGUCUCUGCUACUACCUUCCUGUUGGUGGUGAGAAUGUUCCUGUAUGCAAGGUUUUUUAUUUGACCACAUUAGAUGUAAAUCACAAACGUGUGCGUACUUAUCACAACUCAAAGCAGAAAAUGACAAGAACACCAGUUCAUCUAAGUUGGGGUGAAGCAGCAAACAAUGUUGUUCAACAAGAUAUCAAAACUGGAAUGUGUUUUAUGAGAACUGCAUAGUUUGGUUAAAGUUUACAAAACGACAGAGUUGUUAUGAGAUUUCAUGUUUUUUGAAAAUAGUUAUUGCAAUCUGCAUUAUUUCUGUUAAUACAGAGUUUUAUGACUUUCAUGUCUUUGAGGUUUUUGCCCGUUUUAUUACUGUAGAACUGUUGUCUAGAAAUGUGACAGCUGCUCUUCAAAAUCCCAAUGUAAUUUCUACCGAAAAUUAUGAAAUAAAAUAGAAAGAUUAAA